AUGGCAGCGCCCGGCCUCUGCCACGCAGACUUCCGCCUGGCAGGGACACUGGGGGCUGGGGGCUGGUCGCGUCGGAGGUGAGGUCGUGACCCUCGGCGUGGAGCCUCAGCGCAGGAACCAUGUCGGAAGGAAACGCCGCGGGCGAGCCCAGCAACUCCGGAGGGCCGCGACCCCUUCUCUCUGGGGGCCGCGGGCUGAUCGGCCGGCGGCCAGCACCUCCGCUGACACCAGGCCGCCUUCCCUCAAUUCGCUCCCGGGACCUCACCCUUGGCGGAGUCAAGAAGAAAACCUUCACCCCAAAUAUCAUCGGUCGGAAGAUCAAAGAAGAGCCGAAGGAAGAAGUAACUAUGAAGAAGGAAAAGCGCGAACGGGAUAGAGACCGCCAACGUGAGGGUCAUGGACGGGGACGUGGCCGCCCAGAAGUGAUCCAGUCUCAUUCUAUCUUUGAGCAGGGUCCUGCAGAAAUGAUGAAAAAAAAAGGGAACUGGGAUAAGACAGUGGGUAUGUCAGACAUGGGACCUUCUCAUAUCAUCAACAUCAAAAAAGAGAAGAGAGAAACUGAUGAAGAAACCAAGCAGAUCCUGCGCAUGCUGGAGAAGGAUGAUUUCAUCGAUGACCCGGGGCUAAAGAAUGACACACGGAACAUGCCUGUGCAGUUGCCACUGGCUCACUCAGGUUGGCUUUUUAAGGAGGAGAGUGAAGAGCCAGAGGUUAAGCCUUUUUCAGCUGGCCCCAAGGAAGAAGACAUGGAAGUGGACAUGCCUGCUGUAAAAGUUAAAGAGGAGCCACGGGAUGAGGAAGAGGAGGCCAAGGUGAAGGCCCCUCCAAGAGCAGCCAGGAAGACCCCUUGUCUCCCGAAGGACGUGUCUGUUGCAGAGUUGCUCAGAGAACUGAGCCUCACCAAGGAUGAGGAGCUGUUGUUCCUUCAGCUGCCUGAUACCCUUCCUGGGCAGCCACCCACUCAGGACAUCAAGCCUAUCAAGACAGAGGUGCAGGGCGAGGAUGGACAGAUGGUGGUGAUAAAGCAAGAAAAAGACCGGGAAGCCAGAUUGGCAGAGAACGCUUGUACCUUGGCUGACCUGACAGAGGGUCAAGUGGGCAAGCUGCUCAUCCGCAAGUCAGGGAAGGUACAACUCCUCCUGGGCAAGGUGACUCUGGACGUGACCAUGGGAACAACCUGCUCUUUCCUGCAGGAAUUGGUGUCUGUGGGCCUUGGAGACAGCAGGACGGGGGAAAUGACAGUCCUGGGACACGUGAAGCACAAACUUGUGUGUUCUCCCGAUUUUGAAUCCCUCUUGGACCACAAACACCGGUGAAACGAACAGAUGGAGGAGGAUGGUGACUGCCCACGACUGCUGCCUGCUCCAGACCGAUUUGUUCUCAAACACAUGCAGCCCAGAAGGGGCCUGUUCAGCCCACCCAUUGCAGUCUUUGGCAGCUGUCGUCCCAGUUUCCCCUGACUAGGGCCAGUACUGCAUCCCUUACCCUGGCAGCUGAGAAUGGCGCAAUGGCCUUCCCACAGCAUGAGUAUGAAAGGCACAGCCUCAGUGCUGGGAACUUGACCCUGCUAUUUAUUUUUUAUUUAUGUCUUAAUCCUCAUAACUGACUGCAUCCUCCCAAGGUAGGAUGGGUCAGGCUUCUUUUUGGGAGCUGUGGGUUACAGGGAUGAAAAGGGGAGGAGUUCAGGUGGGUAGGAAAGAACAGGGGUGAAGUUUGAGACUUGAAAUUCAGUCCCAGCUCACUGGUUUCUAGUUCUGUGUCCUCAAACUACCUAACCUUUCUGAGCCUUGUAUUCCUCAUUUGACAAACAUGAGGAUAAUACCUACCUCACAGGGUCGGUGUGAGGAUCAAAUGGAAUAUUGUAGAUGAGAACUCCUUGCAUAAGACCAGCCAUACAUUGUAUAGAUUAUAUCUAUCUAUCUAUCUAUCUAUCUAUCUAUCUAUCUAUCCCCAUAGGCACUCAAUAAAUGUUAGUUUCUCUUUCCUUUGUUUAAGUUUAUUUCCUAACAUAUUAACAUUCUCUGAAGAAGUAACUAGUUCUGCUCACAUCCCUACUUUUGUGACUUCAUUGCUUUUGUUUGUUUGUUGUUUAAGACAGGGUUUCUCUGUAGCCCUGGCUGUCCUGGACUCACUUUGUAGACCAGGCUGGUCUCAAACUUACAGAUACACGCCUGCCUCUGCCUCCCUGAGUGCUGGGAUUACAGGUGUGCGCCAUGGCGUCCAGCUAACUUCAUUGCUUUCUAAAUUCUAAUUUAGUCUUCUUUGGUGCUGAGCCUGGGACCUGGAGCAUCCUAGGCAAGUGCCCUACCACUGAGCCAUAAACCCCAGCUUUUCUUCAUUCCUGCUCUGCAUCCCAUUUCCACCCUGGGCCAAUGUAAUGAAUGUCGAUGUCGGCUCUUCCAUACCUUUUCUCCCUUACUGUCUUGGCCACCUGCUUCCUGUUAGAGUUUCUGCUGGAAGAAGUUAGAGGCCUUUAGUGUGGUAGGCUGAGGCUUACUCUUUGCACCCUUUUCUGCAGUGAGUGGCCAGUAGACUUAACUUCCAUAAAGGUAUUUCUCAAGAGAAACAUGGCCAGAAUUCGUAGUACACUUCAUCCAAUAGUGCCUAAAAUAACAAAACAGCCGUGGUGAGAUUCGGGUUGACACUUGAAAGGUGACCUCCUACUUUAGAAGCUUGGUGAUUGAGAAGUUUCCUUCUGCCUCCUAGCAUCACCAGGUGUGCUUGCCCAGCGUGGCAUGCCUGGUUUCCAGUGCUGUGCUUAUGACCGUCACCUUGCUUCCUUCACUGGGAUCAAAGCUCAGUGUAUGUUGCCUGGGAGAACAUCUACUCUUCCUUCCUUGUUAGCAGAGCUGAGGCAUUUUCAAUUUGGAGCAAAGACAGCUCUCUGCUGACACCUUAGCAUGUAAUAGCAUCUGCAGUGAUAAACACCAGACUCAGUGAGGACUGCCAGGUGGCCCUAGACUCUUCAGGUACUGCUUCUUGUAGUCUCCCUCUCCCUUCUUCUCUAGUCUGUGGUUUAUUGAGCACAGCUGGGGCUUUUCUACAGAGCCUCUCGGGCUGCCCAACCAGCUUCUGUGAAGAGAUUGAGUCAUUAGUGGCUACAUUGUCCUUCAGGAACCAAAAGCUCAUACUCGUCCUGUUGGGGAGUGGUAUUAGUCUAACAUGGUCGAGAACAGGAGAGGAAGGGGUUCCUUGGGAUUGAAUGCCAGGAAAUCCUGUCUGGUCUAAGGCAGCUUUGAUUAGCUCGAUGUGACAGCCCUUUGUGCUUUUAAAUAGCUGAUGUGCUGCCCUUGGGUGUCUGUGGAAUACUGCUUUUUACAGUUUUUUUUUUUUUUACAGUAACCCAAUAGCCUGUGUCUUUAGAUGUUUGGUACUUUGCAGUCCAUAUUUCUCUCUCUCUCUCUCUCUCUGUGUGUGUGUGUGUGUGUUUUAAAGUGUAUAGCUCAGUCUGACCUCCAACUUUGAACCCUGCCUUGGCCUCCUGAGUGCUUUAAUUAUAGGCAUGCACCAACUGUGGACGGAAACCUUUGCAUUCUUUGAGUCUUCCUAGAAGAUGGUGUAUUACCAUCUUCACAGUUUAAAAUGCCUUAAUAGUGAAGCUUUUGACUGUCAGUUCUCACCAUCUGUCUCUAGGUUCCAGAUGCCCAAGUUCGAGCUUAUCGGUUCAAGGCUGGGAAAGAGAGGCAAGUCUGCUUUCUUAGCUGAGCUUUGAAGUGAAGCAUCCAUUUCUACCAGCUACAUGUGCAAAUAACGGGGGGUGGGGGUGGGGGUGAGGCAGUUUGUACAAGGAUGCAAAUGAAUGCAAAUGUAUUACUACCUGCAUCUGUGUGUAUAUAUAUUCUGUUAGAAACAGAACUAAAGACUUGUUCAUUUCUUUGUAUAAGCAACUGUGUAGGCUUCAGUCAGGCUUGGGAUUGUCUUCAACUCUACAAGUAACCUUGCAGAGAGAAAAAAAAUCACUUGUCCUCCUUAAUUUACUUAAUUUUUUGAAAGAAAAAUGUUAAUCACUAUA